UACCUGGCCGACCUCACAAUCCUUAUACAGUGAAUAGGCAUCGGAGCUCAUCCUUAGCGUUCAGCUUGCACACAUAUUUAAGCAUCACUUCUUAUCCUGUUCUCGACCACACCCUCAGAAGAAAGCAUCUUUCAAGAUAACAAGCUCUCUCCUCAACAAAUCAAACUUUCCUCAGCAACUAUCAACCAUCAACAACCAUCAAAAAUACCUACUCGCCAGUAUCCACCAUGGCGCAAGCAACUACUCCGGAAAUCGACAUCAAACUCGAAACUCCACCCUACUCGCAGCAAGACUACUUCCACCAGCUGCCCGACCACCAGCAGCUGAAUCCACUGCCGCAGGAGGAGCAGCAGCAGCAUCAGCCCAUCCCGUCCGCAGCGCUCGACCCACUUCUUCUUGGCCCGGCCGCGCAGCCGCUCAGCCCGCCGGCUCCGAAACCCCACCGCGUCCCGCUGAGCUACUGCCAGUUCCACGACCGGGUCCGCUGCACCGUCACCACCGACGGCAAACGCUGCAAUCGGCAGUUCGAUAAUGAGCGCAACCUGCAGGCGCACCAUCGCAGUCUGCAUGAUAAACUGCUGGAGCCGUGCCCUUUCUGCGGACAGCGGUUCUACGGGCAAUUCUCCUGGGGGUUGCACAUGGAGAAAGCACAUGGAGUCUUUGUGGCGGGCUGCAAGGUUGAGGAGGGCGACGAAGUGAAGAUCAUACAGUUAGAAGGGGUUGAGGGAGUCCUUCAGUAGGAGGGUUGGAGGUAUCUCAUGGCGGAGGUUUUCUCCGGUAAAGGAGGGAUUGAUACCUGGUGUAUGAUGCAUUCAGGAUCAGUAGAUAGAUCCAUAGCCUGCAGAGGAAGUUCUCUGCGGAAGACGAAUAUUGCUAUCCGAUGUACUCGAACAAUGACAAAACAUGAUAUCGUGUCAAAGA